AUGCUGGCACACGUGCAACUCAAAUUCAAGACAGCAGAGCUAAAGCAGGAACAAGUGCUAGAGGACCUGCCCAAGGCAAUAAGGUCAGGCAUUGCUCAGCAUCUCUUUUGCAAAACUGUUGAGGAGGCCUACCUCUUUAAAGGAAUCUCCGAAGACCUUAUCGUCCAGUUGGUGUCAGAGAUUAAAGCAGAAUAUUUUCCACCUAAGAUGGAUAUUAUCUUACAAAACGAAAUACCAACAGAUUUCUACAUCAUAGUAUCAGGAGCAGUGGACAUGGUGACAUACAAGAAUGGGGCAGAACAGAAAGAUAGAGAAGAGGUGGCAGAUUCACAAUUUAAUAUGCAGAUAUAG